UAAAAGCCUUGACAAAUGACAAGUUACAAGUUCAUUUCAUUCAUUCAAAAUAAAUUAUAAAUAUUUAUAGCUCAUUUCGGGAAAUUCAAGAUAAUUAAUUGUAGUACACUAUAAUAUUAUGGACGAUUAUCAAAUGAUGUCAAUAUGCCGCUUGUAAAGAUCGACUAUGUGGUCAGCUUCAGUAGUGAAGAUCCGGACAACCCGGCCAGCAACCUGCUGCUGGCAGAUGUCAAGAGCAAGUGGCUGUGCAGCGCGGCCGAGCCCUCCUGCUCCCUGCUGCUGCAGCUGAAGAGUGCCUGCAAGAUAGAGUCCAUCACGAUAGGCGCCUACCACGUGGCGCUCAUUGAAGUGCUGGUGGGGCUCUCCGAGAAGCCUAAUGACCCUUUUCAGGUGCUGGUGCCCAGCUGCGUGCUGCUGUCGCCGGGCGCGUCGCGGCGCGGGGAGGGCGCGGAGUGCGUGCGCUCGUUCGGCGCGGCGCAGCUGACGAGCGCGAGCGCGCAGCGCUGGGACCGCGUGCGGCUCGUGUGCUCGCAGCCUUACAACAAGCACUGCAAGUACGGGCUCGCGUUCGUGCACAUCUCCAGCUCGGACGCCGCGGCCGGCGGCGCCGCGCCCGGCGGAGCCGCGCCCGCGCCGCUGCGCGCGCUGCAGCUGGACGCGGACGCCGGCUCCUCGGACGACGAGUUCCGGCCCGGGGAGCUGUUCGCGAAGCAUCAGCGCGCCCAGCUCGCGCAGACCACUGAUGCACAAAUAAGACAAGCUUCAUCCCAAGCGCUGAAAAAUAUCCCCGACGCGUCCACCAAGCUGACCAAAACGCCAAUCGCCAAAACGCCCACCACCAAACCCAGCCAAAAGGAACCAUCGUCCGCCGGCGACCUGCGAGCCGACAGGAGCAAGGACAGCCUGCUCUACACCGACGACGACAACCGCCCGCACGCCCGCCUCGACCGCGUCCUGCAGCGCCACCGCGACCACGCGAGACCCGGCCAGCCCCACGCCACCACACCACCACCAAAGACCACUCCUAAGCCGAGUAAACACCAGGUUGAGGGCAUAAACAAAUUAAAUAUUAGUAAACCUGGUGACACGUUGAAUAGUAGUGCAGUAAAUGACGACGGUGGGUCUGCAGAGAAGCACAGUGACAGCAGGGAGAUGCCUCCGAAGACGCACUCGGUGAAUUCCAAUUCUGAAAAAGCAACAGCGAGCCAGAAACAGCGGAAGAGAUCUGCAGAAACGCACCCCGAGCUGGGCCCGGUGUGCGCGUCGCUGAGCGACGUGCUGGCGGGCGCGGUGGUGGCCAUGAGCGGGUACGUCAACCCGCAGCGUGCGGCGCUGCGUGCGGCCGCGCUGGAGAUGGGCGCGCGCUACCUGCGCGACUGGGAGCCCUCCUGCACACAUCUCAUCUGCGCGUUCCCGAACACGCCGAAGCUGAGGAGCGUCCGCGCGGCGCGGGCGGCCACCGUGGCCGUCGGCGGCGCCUGGCUGGAGCAGUGCCGGCGCCGCCGCCGCCGCCUGCCGUGGCGCUGGUUCGCCACCGAGCCGCACCUGCGCCAACCGGUGCCGCCGGAGUUGGACCGCGCGCCGCGGGACGAUGACUCUGACGACGAUACGGACGAUGAAAUAGAAAAAGUUGUCAUACAACAGGGCAAGAAGCGACGCGACGCCAGCCCCGCCCGCGCCGCUACGGGCGCGCGCCGCGACCACGCUGAUGAUGGUCGGGACCAUACCGACGGAUCUGAUCACAAAAAUACUGACCAUUCAGGCAAUUGCGACCACACCGACGAUACGAGCAGUCACGGCCAUACUGACGGAACGAGAAGUCACGGCCGUACUGAUGAUUCCGACAAAGCCGAUGAAGCCAGUCGCAAGUCGUCCACGGACGCGGACGAAACGAUAGCGUUGGACGGGUCGCGCGACUCGGACGUGGCGUUCGUCCGCGACGAGCGCGUGCAGGCGCAGGUCAGCCUGCACUCCGACUCCGACGCCACGGACGAGGACGAGCGCGUUGCACAUCCGGAUAGCGUCGAGAUUGAACAGGAGCUGCCGGCGCUGUGGGCGGGCCGCACGUUCGUGCUGGCGCGGCGGCUGCGCGGCGACGCGGCGGCGCUGCUGGCGCGGUACAUACGCGCUUACGGAGGGCUCGUGUUGAAGGAGGGCGAGGUGCUGGAGGACAGCAGCGUGCAGUACGUGGUGGGGGAGGGCGCGGAGGGCGCGUGCGCGGGCGCGCGCCGCGUGGCGCCCGCCUGGGUGUGGCGCCAGCACGCGCGCGCGCGCCGCUCCACACAGUAG